AUGUCUUUAUACUGGCCUGAUUAUACACUUGGACAAUUUGAAAAUUCGAUGUCUCGCCUAUUUGAUGACUUUUUCAAAGACCUCAAUAUUGAAAGACAAUCUAAUAAUUUUGUUACACGAAGCAGUAGGGUUCCUCUUGAUAUUCAUGAAGGUGAAAAGGAAUUUACUGUGUGUGCCGAGUUACCAGGUGUCACCAAAGAACAAGUCAAUCUCAACAUUCGUGAAAAUAUGCUAGUAAUUUCUGGUGAGACUAAAAAAGAUGAAGAACAUAAAGAAGGAAAUACACAUAUUCAAGAACGUCGUUAUGGAAGUUUCUCUCGCGCUAUUGCUCUUCCUCGUAGUGCUAAAACUAGUGAUAUCACUGCUAAAUUUGAACACGGUAUUCUUGAAGUCAAAAUUCCAAAGGAUGAAAAUAAUGAAUCUAGAAAGAAAAUUGAUAUACAAUAA